ACAUAUCUACACACUGCUAUAUAUAUACUAUAUAUAUAUAUAUAUAUGUAUAUAUCUAGGAGGAUGGGUACAUGAAGGAUCAGCACCCAGACAGGAGAUUGCACAUACUGCCUACCAUCAAAUACAAGGUACUGUCUUAUUAUUAAAGGAAAAAGUAAAUUAUUACAAAAAAAAAUGCAGUCCAUGGGAAAUGGCCUAGACUAUAUUUCCCUUUCUGGAUAAUGGAGAUGCCAUAGCUGUAUUCAGUUAGCAGUUAUUUGCAGGAAAGAAUUCCCUUUGAAGUUAUGUAUUUAAUUACUAAAAGCCCAGAGGUAACACCUGUUUAUACCGUAUCAUUAGUAAAAGUGCUGUAAAGGCCCAUCAUUUAGCUGUUGUGCAAACUCCAGCCUGGAGGCCUGUACUGAUAUCUCCCCUCAUUACUAAGGAAUCUCACUGAUCAAUGCUAAUUAAAGUCAAACCCUGGCAAUUAUCUUAUCAGUGAACCAGUCGUCCCAGCAGGAUGUAUUUCCACCCCAUGUAUUAGCCCCAAAGAUAAAAGAAGCAAAGUGAUGAAAAACGAUUACAUUCUCCACCAAAACAUUUUAAAAUUCCUUUUUAAUCGUUGUUCUGCAAAUUAAAUGUUCCAAGCAUCUCUCUCACUGGCUGGACAAUCUUUAUACCGCUUAAUAGGAAAUAGGAAGCAGAAUUAGACUAUUGCAACAGAAUUCUGUGCAAAUGGAAAUUAUCUGUGACUGUUUAGGCAGUUGCAUAUAUUCUUUUAUUUAACUGGGGUCCCUGGAAAGUCAGCGGAAGGUUGAAGGGUGUCAUGCAAAUUUUGUGGGUGGGGUACACAUUUUGUUGUGACCGCUCUCAUAGCGUUGUGAAGCCCACCCAUCUCCCAGUUGUAUCCUGCCUUACCCCUUCUCAAUUGUAUCUUGCCUGUGAGUUUCUGCCCUGACAGGUAUGUAGUCUCCUCCCAACACUCUGACAGGUAUGUAGUCUCCUCCACCUGGAACUCCAGGGAUUUAUAGAGCUCAGCUCCUCAUUUCACGGUUUGGGAAGCAGCACUUACACCUACAGCAGAGGCAUCAUGUCUGGCAUUGCUUCUAAAGUGGCCAAAGACAGGGUUCUGGCACAGGGUCUGGGCACAAAUGAUAAGCCCCUGAAAUACCUAAACCAGGAUUAUGAGCAGCUGAAGGCACAGUGCCUGGAGUCCAACACUCUGUUUGAGGAUGAGACCUUCCCUGCAAGCCAAGCCUCAAUGGGGGUCAAAGAACUUGGACCGAAUUCUGACAAAACCAAAGGGAUUGUCUGGCUGAGACCAUUGCAAAUUCAUCCCAAGCCAGAAUUCAUUAUCAGUGGCGCAACCCGUUCUGACGUUCGCCAAGGUUCUCUAGGGGACUGCUGGUUCCUUUCUUCUAUUGCAUCUCUUACACUGAAUGAAGAAUAUCUGUCCCGAGUUGUUCCGGGGGAUCAAAGCUUUCAGACCAACUAUGCGGGCAUCUUCCAUUUCAAGUUCUGGCAGUACGGCGAGUGGGUGGAUGUAGUUGUGGACGACAGACUCCCUACAAAAAAAGGAAAACUGGUAUUUGUCAAGUCAGCUGAGGGCAACGAGUUCUGGAGUGCACUAUUGGAAAAGGCUUAUGCCAAGCUGAAUGGAUCCUAUGAAGCUCUGGUAGGAGGUUCUCCAGUAGAUGCCCUUGAGGACUUCACUGGUGGCAUUGCUGAACUAUACUAUCUGCAGAAGCCUCCAGCGGAUCUGUUCCAGAGAGUCCAGAAAGCUCUGAGAGCGAAAUCCCUGCUCACCUGCACCUCUAAAUCCGACAGCACAAAAGUUGAAACAGUUGCAAAGAACAAUGUGGUGAAGAAUCACGCUUACACAAUCAUCAGAUCAAAAGAGGUUAUCUACCGAGGCGAAAAAGUCCAGCUGAUCCGCCUAAGAAAUCCCUGGGGUUACAAGGAAUGGAAUGGCCCGUGGAGUGAUAAUGCAUGUGAAUGGGAUGAAAUUGAUUCAGAGGUGAAAGCUGCUCUGAAUACUCAAUGUGACGAUGGAGAAGUCUGGAUGUCAUUCUCCGACUUCAUUAACGAGUACUACCGACUAGACAUCUGUAACCUUAGUCUGGAUUGUGUGUGCAGCAAGGAAGAGCGGCGCUGGUGCCUCACCCAGUAUUCUGGGAGCUGGAAGAGCGGAUGCACAGCAGGCGGAUGCAAGAAAUAUCCAAACACAUUUUGGAUCAACCCGCAGUUCUGGAUUAAGCUGGAGGAGCCGGAUGAUGACCAGAAUGGGGCAGGCAACGCACAGUGCUGUACAGUUAUUGUGGGUCUGAUCCAGAAGAACCGCAGGAAGAUGAAGCCCAUGGGAGAGGAAGAGUUUCCCAUUGGCUAUUACUUAUACCCGUUCCAGGGCAGCCAUGAUGUCCCUCUGGGGAAAGAUUUUUUCUCGAAAACAAAAUAUGUGGCUUGGACAGACGUCUACAGAAAACACCGUGAGACCUCCUGCCGCCACAAGCUGCCCAUAGGAGAGUACAUCAUUCUCCCACACACCUACUAUCCCUGCCAGGAUGCCGAUUUCUGCCUUCGCGUAUUCUCCAAAAAGAAGGUUGGGGCUCUGGAAUGUGGGGAUGUCGCAGUUGCAGAUCUAUAUCAGCUGGAUCCAUCCAACGUACAAGUAGAGUCAGAGAUUGAAGACAUUCUUAAUGAGCUUGAGCAAAAGAAAAUGGAAAUGAGCGCCGAGGACCUUAGGAUCAAUCUCAGCAGGAUCUUAUCAAAGAAAAAGGACAUUAAAUCAGAUGGGUUCAGCCUGACGACAUGCAAAGAGAUGAUCAACCUGUUUGAUACUGACCUGACUGGGAAGCUGAACUGCAAGGAGUUCAGACCACUAUGGAUAAAGUUAGAUACAUACAUGAAAAUAUUCAAAUCGGUGGACAAUGACAGAUCCGACAGCAUCGAGGCCCACGAAAUGCGAAAUGCGUUGCAACAAGCAGGGUUUAAUCUGAACAACAAGAUCCAAGAAGCCAUUGUGCAGCGGUACAUUUCUAAUGAAUUAUCUAUCAACUUUGACAACUUUAUUGCGUGCCUGAUUCGCCUGGAGAACUUGUUCAAAAUAUUUGAAGUGCUGAAAACAACUGAGAGCGGAGUCAUGAGUCUGUCCUUAUCAGAGUGGCUUUGUACCGCCAUGAUGUGAUGUUGGUCGGCAUGCGUCUGUCAGACAGCCCGGAAGUUGUUCUUUGUAAUCACAUUUAAUGAACAUGGGUUGUUUUGAUAUGAAAUGGUAAAAAUGUAAUAAAAAGUAUCUAAAUAAAUUGUAUUUGAAUAAGAA